CUAGAUCCACACUCAACGACACCACACGCCAUCCGGACCGCUUCUCCUCUCCACGGCGCGAGUACGCCCUCGACACCCUCACCGCGCCGCCCGCGCCGCCAUGACGCAGCUGUUCCACUCAUCAACGAACAACGCCUCAGCCGCCAUGUCAGAAAAGCGCACCUUUUCCGGCAUCCCGCUGUCGUCCAAUAAGCAGGUCAACGGCAGCAACAGCCAGGUCUCCCAGAAGAUCAAGGCCUUCUUCCGCAUCAACAGCAGCAGCAGCGAAAAGGACCGCAAGCCCUCGGAUGAGGGCAGCAGCCUCUCCAUCCCCAAGAACGACUCCAAGUCGUCCUUCCGCCAGUCGCGCUUCAUCCCUCACAUCUCUCGCAACCGCUCCACCACGGUUGCCAGCGAAGGCAACCCGCUCGACGAUGGCGUCUCGCCGACGGCACAUGCCAACCCCUACUUCGUCCACCAGGGCCCGCCGGCCUUGCGCCACCACAACGAGGGCAGCGUGCCUCCCUCGCCGCCCGACACACCACCCAUGCCAAAGAUCAAUGCUGCCAAUGGAGGCGACGACCAAGCUACAACAGCCGGCAAAGAGGAACUGGCCAGGAAACUGCGGAGGGUAGCGUCUGCUCCAAAUGCCCAGGGUCUGUUCUCAAAGGGCAACUCGUCUGAGCGCCCGCAGACUGCAGAACUUGGAAAGCAGCCUCUGGUCCACCACCCAAACACGUCUACACUUAGCAUGGUAGAGACUGCAGUUGAGGACCCAACCCAUCUCAUACCUGCCGAUCCUACCAAAGGCAUACCGUCUCCGGGCCAGAUUCGUAACUCGGUUGCCUUUCGGAGAACCUACAGCUCCAACUCCAUCAAGGUUCGAAAUGUCGAGGUUGGGCCCGGCAGCUUUGACAAGAUCAAGCUGAUCGGGAAGGGCGAUGUGGGCAAAGUCUAUUUGGUGCGGGAGAAGAAAUCAAGCAGGCUCUACGCCAUGAAAGUCUUGAGCAAAAAGGAGAUGAUUAAGCGCAACAAGAUCAAGCGUGCGCUGGCUGAGCAGGAAAUUUUGGCGACCAGCAACCAUCCAUUCAUCGUUACGCUUUAUCACUCGUUCCAGUCAGAGGACCACCUCUAUCUCUGCAUGGAAUAUUGCAGCGGUGGAGAGUUCUUCAGGGCUCUGCAAACCCGACCAAACAAGUGUGUCGAUGAGGACGCAGCUCGGUUCUAUGCAGCUGAAGUAACAGCUGCUCUCGAGUAUCUGCAUCUGAUGGGCUUCAUAUACCGCGACCUGAAGCCAGAAAACAUUCUCCUGCAUCAGUCUGGUCACAUCAUGCUGUCAGAUUUUGACUUGUCAAAGCAAUCGGAUCCUGGAGGCCGUCCAACUAUGAUCGUAGGCCGAAACGGCACAUCCUCCAGCAACCUUCCCACAAUCGACACGAAGUCAUGCAUAGCAAAUUUCAGGACAAAUUCGUUCGUGGGUACCGAGGAAUACAUCGCCCCAGAGGUCAUCAAGGGUUGCGGUCAUACGUCUGCAGUUGAUUGGUGGACCCUUGGCAUCUUGAUCUACGAGAUGCUUUACGGGACAACUCCGUUCAAGGGCAAGAAUCGUAACGCGACUUUUGCAAACAUUCUGCGGGAUGAUGUUCCCUUCGCCGAAGGCUCUGGUGCUCCGACCGUCUCAGGGAAUUGCAAAUCCUUGAUUCGAAAACUACUCAUUAAAGACGAAUUGCGCCGACUUGGGUCUCGAGCCGGUGCUUCCGAUGUCAAGACGCAUCCCUUCUUCCGUGCUACCUCUUGGGCGUUGUUGCGACACAUGAAGCCUCCGAUCGUCCCAAAUCAAGGUCGCGGGAUCGAGACGCCCAACUUCCGGAAUGUGAAGGAAAGCCAAAGCGUUGACAUCGGCGCUGCGAGAACCAAGGGCGUCCCGUUGGAUUCUGGACUUGCUACACCUGGGGGCGAAAUCGCAGAUCCCUUCGAGGAGUUCAACAGUGUCACUCUUCACCACGACGGCGACGAUGGACAUGAUCAUUUCGACGGGGACCAUCUCGAACUGCAACAGUCAAACUCACAUCGAUAGUAUGGGCUGGAAAACUUGUUACAUUUCCUCUGCCGGAUUCGUUUUUGUGUCACAAAAGAGCGCAUUGAUUUGCAUUUUCAAAUUUUUAGGACAGGCGUUCUUAC